CCCUCUGUGGUGGUUUUUACUACUGAGCACCAUCUGGAGGUCAAAGCUGAUGUGGGUCAUGUAUGUGUGUGUGUAUAUCUGAGCACUGAGGCCAGCAGCACGCCGCUCUUUCCUCCUCCUUAGCUCAUCAUGGCGGACACCAGCAGUAACCACGUCCACGUUUUAUUCUCCUUUUCCGUGUUCUCGCGCCCGUCUUCAGUGCCUCUGGGUUCCGGGUAUGAAGUGCUCGUCCAGAAGUUUCUGUCCAUUUACGGCCCACAGAUCGACGUGCACCGCAAAUUUCUCAUUCAGGUGUUCUCGGAGGAAUGGGGACAGUACGUGGACCUGCCCAAGGGAUUCACCAUCUCGGAGAAAUGCAAGCUGCGAUUAGUUCCUCUUCAGACGGAUAUCACUACACUGGGCAACCUUUCUCCAGCCUCCACCAUUUUCUUCUGCUGCGACAUGCAGGAACGAUUCAGGCCUGCCAUCAAGUACUUUGGUGACAUCAUCAGCGUAGGCCAGAGACUGCUCCAGGGUGCUCGUAUUUUGGGGAUCCCUGUCAUCGUGUCCGAGCAGUACCCUAAAGGCCUGGGGAGCACUGUACAGGAGAUGGAUCUGGCCGGUGCAAAGUUGGUCUUCCCUAAAACUAAGUUCUCCAUGGUGCUACCGGAGGUGGAAGCUGUGCUGGCUGAGACUCCAGGAGCACGAAGCAUUGUGCUUUUCGGAGUGGAGACUCAUGUGUGCAUCCAGCAGACAGCGCUGGACCUGAUUGGGAAGGGGUUUGAGGUGCACAUUGUAGCAGACGCAACCUCCUCCAGAAGCAUGAUGGACAGAAUGUUUGCACUAGAGCGGCUCGCACGUACCGGCAUCAUCAUCACCACCAGCGAGUCUAUCCUCCUGCAACUCGUGGCAGAUAAAGAGCAUCCGAAGUUCAAAGAAAUCCAGAACAUCAUUAAGGCCAGUGCUCCUGAGUCAGGCCUGCUCUCCAAAGUCUGAGUGGCGUGAGGCACUAAACUUGCCUCCACUGUUAGCUUCAUUUAAUUUCUUUUAGAGAUUUUGCAGAAAUGCUUCAGCUGUGAUGGAUGUUUUCACUUUCAAGUUGUAGACUUGCCUCAUGUAUUUGAAAUCGUUCCAAACUGUAGUGUUUGUAGACAGUGGUGGAUUACUCAGCAUUUACUCUUAGAUGUGCCGUGCAACCAAACUGGUUAGUCCUACAUACUUAUUCACUGUUUAAUGGAUUUCUUGCUUCGUGAACUGAACAAAAUCUACAAAACUGACACAGCGAGUUCAAUGAAUGAGUUUAUUUAGUGUAUCGUUGUGCUGUUGGACAUGUGGACACCACUGCAAGAGUGAAUGUAGCAUAGCCACUCUGACAACCAUAACAGCCUGGAAGUAUGCCUGUACUUUCUGUUCAAGUCUCUAACUGUUUUCUUUCUGAUCUUUUAAGAACCACCUGAAUUCCUGUACCUUCAAAAUACCUUAAAUUAAAUGUGUAUGGAAAAUGGGGUAACCAUUGAGAUUUAGCUUUAAUACACAGUAAUCCAACACUGUUUAUAAAUAAAUGUGCAGUAGAAGGUCACAUGCGUUAGACUAACUUCGGUGACUGAACAGAAGGUCUAAUUAGGAGAUUAAUGAGCCCCUGGAGAAUGAGGACUUGUGCUGCUUUAGUGUCUGUACUGAAUUAUUAACUUCUAAUAUGUUUAGUACUACAGUCUGCUCUGAAAAUAUUGGAAGGCCAAUUCUAUUGUUUUCGUUGUACACUGAAGACAUUUGGGUUUGAGAUCAAAAAAUGAAUAUGAGACGAUGGAUUAGAAUUUCAGUUUUCAUUUCCUGCUCUUUGCAUCUAGAUGUAUUAAACAGCUUAGAACAUGACACCUUUUGUGGAACAUGUGACUGAUAGGUGUUUCUUGCUGCCCAGGCAUGCCCUGUUAAAUUUAUUGUUUCAAGAAUGAAUAGCUCUAAAGGUCUACUCUUGAAUUGACCCCUAGAUCAGGUUUAGCCUUUGAAGACUGCAUUUGUUGUUAAAAAGGAUUAGACCAACAUGAAGACCGGAGAGCUGUCUAUGGGAGAAAAGCAAUCCAUUUUGAAGCUGAGAAAAGAUGGGAAAUCUCUCCGAGCCACUGCACGCCGGUGUACAAACAACCAGACGUCCAUAUAGAUGUAAAUAUCAGGAAAUGAAAGCUGAGAUUCUGAUCUAUCGUCUUGUAUUCAUCUUCUGAUCCCAGAUGUCUUCAAUGUAUAGCGAAAACAAUCGAAUUGGCCUUGCUGUUCCAAUACUUUCAGAGGAGACUGAAUGUUUCUGUGGCAUUUUGCGUGAAUAGGGCUAUAAACAAAGUGGUCAAAAUGUAUGUUCUGUGUAUCUCUCACCAAAAUGUAAUCAUUUAACCUGCUUUUUUUUUUUCCUCUUUUCUUGAAAACAUUGUUACUGACAUGUUCUAGAUUUUGCUUUAUAUCGAGGUCUACUUUCGCAAUGUGUCAUUAUGGUAUCAAGAUCCUUUAAGAGAGGCAUGUUGGAGUGUUAGUACUAAAUGUGGACUACCUCUCAUAUCAUCAAACUUCAGUAUGUUACAAGUUAUUGUAAUUAACAUCCUUAUAAAGUGUGAAUAUUAAUAUGGUAGGAAUGGCACUUAAUUAUUAACAACGUUAAAACAAGACUCUGGGAAUGGGUGUCGGUGUAAGGUGUUGUGUACACUCUUAAUUUUUAUCUUUAAUUUGAUGCGGAAAGUUACCCUGUAUAGUGGAAUAUAUUUUAUAUUUAACAUAUGUAUGUUGUGUUUUUUUUGUUUAUUCUUUACUUUUGUUGUUAGUGUUGUUUUUGUUGCUGGUCUGUGCUGUGUAUCUGAAAUAGUUCUUGUGUAUUUAUCCCACCCCACCCCCCAUUUUACAUGUUUUCUGCCCAAAUCCUUAUAAAAUGCGCACUCAACGCAUUGCCCCUUAAGUCUGUAAAGGUUUGGCGUGUGUGUGUGUGUGUGUGUCUUUACGCUUUCGCAUUCUUUUUGUUUGCAUGUUAGAUCUGUUAAUGUCUGGAUACCCCUAAGCUUUUUAUUUCAGUGGAAAUCUCAUUAUCUUGUGUACCGAAACAUGCACACAGACAGACUUCUGUAAGUUGUAGGAAGAUUGUGGUGUUGUUGUUGUUGUUGUUGUUGUUUUUAAUGUAACAAAAUAUCUGGGAGCUUCAGCAGAUUUGAUUUUCACACUGUGUGAGUGAACCCAAAGGAAAUAUACUGUAGCCAGAGCUACUGAUUAGAUUUUUCGCAUAUGUAUUGCAGAACUAUGAUUUACUGCAUACAUAUUGUUUUUUAUUUUAUUUUAUCUAGGACAACUGCUUUGUAGAGUACAAAAAAAGAGAAUUCUUUGUAAUAAGAAGUGCUCAAACAUGGAGAUUACCUGGUACAGUACGACCUUUAUUUUUCUAAGUUAACAGAUGAUUAGGAAUCCAAGGAGUGCUGUUUCAAUACUGUUUUCAUAAUUAUUGCUCGAUAAACAACUUAGAAAAUUA